AUGGAAAAGACAUACAAGGUGCACGGAGAAGAUGUCCAUGGCUGGUUCUCUCUAGAUUUCACCGCGGACCAGCUGAUUCAGAACGUCACGUUAAUCCAGAACAUCUUUUCUCGCCCAAGCACAUUUGAUGGCUCCAUGGGAAUGUACACGCUUGAUGAUAUUGUUGAACUCCGCCCCCCUCAAAUAUGGCUUAAUGUACAGUACAAUUCAUUCUUUCUGGAGCACAAACUAAGUACUGAAGAUUAUAUAUUAGGACUACCAAAAAAAUUUAGCCUCACUUACAUCUCCUCGACAGAGAUUGAUUUCUUGAAAAGCCUGGGUGGGAAACUCAAGAAAAGCAAGACGAAACUCGUCUUCCGGUUCCUCAAUGAAGAUGUCAUUGAGCCUUCAACCAAGAAGACAUAUGGGGAGCUCCUGAAAGACCUGAAAUCCAUCAAGGAUUUUGCAGUCGGGAUUCUUGUCCCCAAGACCUACAUCUGGCCACUGAACAAAGAUCAGUACCUGUCACCAUCCACAAGUUUGGUCAAAGAUGCGCAUGCCCUGGGGCUCGAAGUCUAUGCGUCUGGAUUUGCCAAUGAUAUCGCUACAAGUUACAACUACAGCUAUGAUCCCAGUGCAGAGUACUUGCAGUUCAUAGACAAUUCAGACUUCUCUGUCGACGGUGUGCUCACGGACUUCCCGCCCACUGCAUCAGGAGCUAUUGCUUGCUUGGCUCAUUCUAAGGGCAAUCCUCUAGCACCUCCUGGAAAGGACACCAGGCCGCUGAUCAUCACCCACAAUGGGGCUAGCGGUGUCUUUGCUGGGAGCACAGAUCUUGCCUACCAGGAGGCGAUCAAAGAUGCCGCCGACAUCAUAGAUUGCUCGGUUCAGAUGUCAAAAGACGGAGUGGCCUUCUGCAUGCACUCUGCCGAUCUCUCCCCCCACACGACCGCGGCCACCGCUUUCGUGUCCAAAAGCUCCACUGUCCAUGAGAUUCAGAACAAGUCUGGCAUCUUCUCGUUCGAACUGUCAUGGAGUGAGAUCCAAACAUUGAAGCCCGAUAUUUUCUCUCCGUUUGCUCAGGCAGGCCUGAAGAGAAAUCCUGCAUCGAAGAAUGCCGGCAGGUUCCUGACCUUGCCCCAAUUCCUAGACAUGGCCAAGGCCAGCAACGUCUCCGGCAUACUGAUCGAAAUGGAGCAUGCCUCAUAUCUCGCCAAGAGAGGUCUCGGUGUGGUGGAGUCGGUGUCCAGCGCGCUAACCAAGGCCGGCUACGACAAGGAGACCAAGCAACAGGUGUUCAUCCAGUCCGAUGACUCGUCGGUGCUCUCGGCGUUCAAGAAGUUCCCGGCGUUCAAGCGGGUGCUCAACCUCGAGAUGGAGUUUAGCGGCGCCUCCCAGCCGUCGCUGGACGACAUCAAGAAAUUCGCCGACGGGGUGAGGAUCCACCGGAGCUCGGUGGCGCAGAUCACCGGGUACUUUAUGACGCGGUUCACCGACACGGUCGGCAGCCUGCAGGCCGCCAACCUCACCGUGUUCAUCGGCGUGCUCAAGAACGAGUUCAUGAACCUUGGCUUCGACUACUUCGCUGACCCGACCGUCGAGAUCGUCACCUACUCCUCGGCGGUGAUGGCAGACGGGCUCAUCACCGACUACCCUGCCACUGCAGCUUCAUACUUCAGGAGUCCAUGCAGUGACAUGAGCCUGAACCUGAGUUACUCGAUCCUGCCAGCGCAACCCGGUGCUCUGGUCCACCUGGCAGCCCCCGGGGCGCUAGCACCGGCGGCAGGGCCGGCGCCGUUGCUGGAACCCAAGGACGUCGUGGACCCGCCGCUGCCUUCUGUCAAAGCUGUGAUCGCCGCCGACGCGCUGGCGCCGACGGGGACCGCUGACAACACCUCCUCGGCGGCCAGCUACAACGCCGGGAAGAACAGCCUCUUGGGAGCUGGCAUCAUUGCCCUCUUGUCCCUGAGCUUCCUGCACUGA